ACUGCGAACUGUCCCAUUCCUUGAGAGACCUCGUUGCCAUGAUAUUUCCUUGCUCUACUUGGUAAUAUUGGUGAAAGUGCCGAGUAGUGCGGACAGAGAGGAUCUGUUCCUGCACGACCAUCCUCCUCGAUCCCAGUCGCCUUUUUUAAGGUUCUAUGCACCAUGGUCAUCCACUGGUCCGAACGUUUGUCUUAUAGUCGAUUUAAGCAUUGAAUUCAAAGCCAUUGUCCAGCAAAGCAGAAGAACGAGAGGACGUUGCCAAUCGCACAAACCACAUUGUUAUCCAGGCACAUUGGACCGCUAUCUGUCCUGGUGGUCUUGCUCCCGUCCGCUUUGUGGCGACACCCUCCGGCAAAUCUCAAAACUCCAACAUGGACGCACCUUCCAAUUACCCUCAGUCAGGUUACAGCAGCGCGCGGGGUGAAGUGGUUCCCCAGAACUCUUUCAAUACUCAAGGUAAGGUUAUGAUCGCCUCGAAGCCUCCAGCCUCGCGUAAUUCGCAACUGUCGAAUAUACCUCCCCGGAGCAGCUUAGCUGGCAAGAAGCAAUCUACCAAUGCGAAGGUGGCCAUCCCGCGGCAGAAAACGGGUGUUGUUUCCGGUUACAGUCGACGUGUACCUCUUGCCUGCGAAUCCUGUCGGGGGCGGAAAACUAAGUGCAGUGGCGACACGCCAGUUUGCAGACAGUGCAAAGAAUUGAGGGUGACUUGUAAGUACCCGGCAUCAUGGAGGGAGCGAACCAAAGGGCAAUUGGACAGUCUCUCGACCAAGGCCGAAGCGUAUGAGAAACUAUUGAGAGACAUUGGAAACAUUGUUGAUGGCAGGACUGCAGAACAAAUUAGAAUCACACUGGAUAAGUAUUCUGGUUCGGGUGGCGAACGGGCUUCUACUGGCUCGCAGUCCAGCUCAGCCACGCCGCAGGAUAAAGACAGCUACCUCGAAGAACUGAGCUCCUCCUCCUCCAUUGGAUCCCUAGACGCCAUCGACCGCGUGGAAGAGGAUGUAAAUCGAACUCCGAAUUCUCGAGCUACUGGUUACAUGGGGAAGAACUCGGAGGUUAUCUGGAUGCAGAGAUUGCGAAUGGAGACAGAACAACGCCUCCGGAAGGAACCAGGGGCCUACGAAGCUGAGCCUGAGGGAGAAUUUGCUAUACAUUCGAUGAACUAUCAUUUGGACGAUCUGGAUGUCUCGGUUCCCGGCCCUGUGCAGGUGUAUUGGAUCCCUCCCCGUCCUUUGGCGGACAAGUUGUUUGAAGAUUACCUGGAGACGGUGCACCCGUUUUAUCCUAUCAUCAGCCGCACACUGUUUCGUGCCCAAUACAGAACCUUCUUUGACAGUGCUGCUCGGCCUGGUGAUAAAUGGCUGGCCAUUCUUAACUUGAUAUUUGCCAUCUCCGCCAAACAUGCUCACCUAACGCAGGCACCAUGGCGUGGCGAUGACAACGAUCAUUUAGUGUACUUGACUCGGGCCCGGAUCCUUAGCAUGAAUGGUGAUGCUCUUUUUAGCCAUCCCGAUCUUCAGCAAGUGCAGGUCGAGGGCUUGGUUGCUUUCUAUCUUAUGGCAUCAGACCAAAUCAACCGAGCUUGGAAGAUCACCGCGUUGGCUGUGCGUUCGGCAAUCUCACUCGGAUUGAAUAUGAAGAAUACCAGCGAAAGCACGCCUGGUAUCUCAAAGGAGGCGCGAUAUAGGGUCUGGUGGUGUGUCUAUACAUUUGAACAUAUGCUUGGGAUCAUGACGGGCAGGGUUUCUUGCAUUACGGAUGGGAUAUGUACGACGCCUUUGCCUCUACCAUUCGAGGAAGACCAGCUUCGAGAGCCAGCUGCGGCUAAGCUUCUUAACAACCAAGACCUUCGCCAGGAGCUGGUGGAAUCGGCCCUGGCAAGUACCCUUGUUCGCCACAUGCCCUCAAAUCCCCAGGGAGGUAAGGAGGCCCAACAUACAGACAAACUGCGUGAUGCUUCUUGGCUGAAGGGUCAACCUAUCAGUAAGACGCUGAUAUUCCUUUAUUAUGUGGACCUGGCAGUUGUCGCUCAGGAAAUCGUCAACCGGGUGUAUUCGUUGGACUGUGCCAUGGUACCCUGGAGGCACAUCGAGAACCGCAUUGGGGAGCUUCGAUCCCGAAUUGACAUAUGGUGCACCAACCUUCCGGGGGCGUUAGACUUCACCCGGCGGGACGACCAAGGUAUGGAUAUGCUUCGUGGAAAGCUUUUCUUGGCAUUCCAAUACUACAGUGCUCGGAUCACCUUGGGACGUCCGUGCCUGUGUCGCCGCGAUGCUCGACAUACUAGCCCUCAGCAAAAGCCCUCUUUUAGUCAUGAAAUGGCAGAGAUAACUCUAAAUUCUGCACGGCAGAUGCUGGACUUGAUUCCAGACGAACCUAACGCUGUCCAACUCUACCACAUUUGUCCUUGGUGGUGCGUUCUGCACUAUCUUAUGCAGACGACCACGGUCCUCCUGCUUGAAUUGUCGUUUGGUUGCAUUCAUAUGCCAGCUGAAGAGAGAGGUAUUUUUGAAGCAUCAAAGAAAGCCAUACGCUGGCUCUUUGCCAUGUCCGAAUGUAGCCUCCCAGCACGGCGUGCAUGGGAGCUGUGUGACAGUAACCUUCGACGAAUUGCCAUCGGCAUGGAUUAUGACUUGAGUGAUCUGCCAGUCCUAAACUUUGGCCCAACAUCGCACGGACACAUGGCCCCAAAUACUGGUGGUAAUGCUGGUAUGGGUGCACCUGUCAGCCAAGCCGCGCCGCCUAUGCCUGUUUUCUACGACACAGUCGGUGGCCCAAAUCAACAGCCGGUUCAGACUCAAUACCAUUAUGACCAGAACCAGCAAGCGUAUUCUGGAGUUCCAGCGAUUGAUCCGAUCUCGUCGACCCUCGGACUUUCUGCCUCUGGAACCGAUGCCUUCUUCCCUUACGACCCCAUCAGUGGGGAGUUUAUUCGCUCCUUCUUCCCCAUUCCCAAUGAGGAAGAGCCAUGGGAACAAAAUUAAGAUGUUCGCAAAAAUUUUCAAUUCUCUGUACAAAAUAAUUUUUGCCACUACUAACGUCCGUUGUUGGGGGGUUUGCUUAUCUGUAUUUUCUACAGUUUUCUAUCACAAUGUUCAACGAUAAAUGCUCUAUAUCAAUUUGUUUAUGCGCGGUCUUCGGCACCAGUUGGGUUUAACAGCAUAUCAUCAGCGUGCAAGGAGUUAUCAAAAGAGAGAUCGGGAGUUUGUCAUAUGGUGCUACAGUAUGAUAGAUGAUGGGUGGCUGGCUCGUGACUUUAAUUUUGUUUAAUCGGAUUGCUCGGAAAACCCCACUGAUGUCUUUUAACGAAGUUCGAAAUCAAAGUUAUCCUUCCAAGA